CACCUGUAAGCGAUCUGACAUGAACCAAGUGGAUAUUAUGGACACAGUAUCAUUUUUUUUUAACGACACACUUCAGUCUUUGUGUAAGCCACACCGACCCUUAGUAGAAUGAGUAUCCCUGACUGUGGGCUUUGGAGGCGGGUUAUCCGGGGAUAUUGUCUUUGGAGUUGAACCUUGUUCUACAAACGCUCUCCCCAGUGCAUGCUCGCCAACAGCGACACCGCGAAGCCCUAAAGGGAAGGCUUGCUUUAUUUGACUUUCCCUUCUCAUUCGACGACAGCUUUCCAAGACUGCUAUGACGUCUCGCAGGUGGUUCCACCCCAACAUCACCGGAAUCGAGGCAGAGCAGCUCCUCUUGACCCGGGGGGUCCAUGGCAGUUUCCUAGCCCGGCCGAGCAAGAGCAACCCGGGAGAUUUUACUCUCUCUAUCAGGCGGAACAGUGAGGUAACCCACAUUAAGAUCCAGAAUUCAGGGGACUACUACGACCUGUAUGGAGGGGAGAAGUUUGCCACGCUGGCAGAGCUGGUGCAGUACUACACAGAGCAGCACGACCUUCUCAGAGAGAGGAAUGGAGACGUCAUCGAGCUCAAGUACCCACUCAACUGUAAGGACCCAACCUCCGAGAGGUGGUACCACGGGCACCUCUCUGGGCGCGACGCUGAGAAGCUGCUCAUGGACAAGGGCAAGCCUGGCAGUUUCCUGGUACGGGAGAGCCAGAGCAAACCAGGUGACUUUGUGCUCUCUGUCCUCACCAACGAGGAGAAGCAUGAGAACGUAGACCGCAAGACCAAGGUCACCCAUGUCAUGAUUCGCUACCAGCAGGAUGGGAAGUAUGACGUAGGUGGAGGAGAGAGGUUUGACACGCUGGCUGACCUGGUGGAUCACUACAAGAAGAACCCCAUGGUGGAGAAGAGUGGAAUUGUUGUUCACCUCAAACAGCCCUUCAAUGCCACCAGGAUAAAUGCAGCCAACAUUGAGAACAGGGUGAAGGAACUGAACAAAGUAGCAGACAACUCAGAGAAGCCCAAACAGGGAUUCUGGGAAGAGUUUGAGGUGCUACAGCAGCAGGAGUGUAAGCUCCUCUACCCCAGGAAAGAAGGGCAGCGAGCAGAGAACAAGAGUAAAAACAGAUACAAGAACAUCCUCCCUUUUGACACCACACGGGUGGAGAUCAGGGAAGCAGACACAGAUGUGCCUGGCUCCGACUACAUCAACGCCAACUACAUCAGAGUGAGUUCUGGAAGUAGUAUGCAUGAAGAGGGCCGCCACGUGGAGGAGGGCAAGGUGUUCAUCGCCACCCAGGGCUGCCUUCAGAACACGGUGGUGGACUUCUGGAAGAUGGUCUACCAGGAAAACACACAUGUCAUUGUCAUGACCACCAAGGAGAUGGAGAGAGGACGGAACAAGUGUGUGCGUUACUGGCCCGACCUCAACGCCACUAAGGAGUUUGGGAAAGUGAGUGUGAAGAACGUGGAGGAGUGUCCGGCUCAGGACUACAUCCUAAGGGAAUUGGAGGUGACGCGUUUGGACAGGAGGGAGCUGGUGCGGUACAUCUGGCACUACCAGUAUCUGAGCUGGCCUGACCAUGGCGUGCCCAACGAGCCUGGGGGAGUGCUCAGCUUCCUGGAGCAGGUCAACCGCACGCAGAGCGCCAUUCCAGACACCGGACCAAUUGUGGUCCACUGCAGUGCAGGAAUUGGGAGAACAGGCACCAUAAUUGUCAUUGACAUUCUCAUUGACAUCAUCAACAGACAAGGAUUAGACUGUGACAUCGACAUCCCUAAGACCAUCCAGAGGGUUCGUCAGCAGCGGUCAGGCAUGGUGCAGACGGAGGCCCAGUAUAAGUUCAUCUACAUGGCCGUCCAGCAGUACAUUGACACGGCACAGAAGAGACUGGAGGAGGAGCAGAGGAACAAAACGAAGGAGGGGGAGUACUCCAAUAUCAAAUACCCCCAGAUGACCAACGCCCGGUCAAAACCCAACAUGACCUGUGUGUCACGCUCCUCCUCUGUGGUGACGGAUGACAACCCGUCCAGUGUGUAUGAGAACUUAAACAUCAAGAACCCAAAGACCUCCGGGAGCAGCAGUAAAACCAGGAGGUGAAGUCCAGCCACGGACCUCUGCCUCUCUCAACCUCUCUUUUCAACAGAGGUGCCUCUUCGCCAGCGCCUGAUUCAUGGGGGGCCUGUGGAGCUCUGGUCCCGGACCCCCUGGCGGUGGACCCUACCUGGGGUGAAGGUGGAGGUCCUGACCCCUCCUAGUCUCUCCCCUUCUGCUGCCCUGCUGGCUGUCUGGAGCAUCCCCCCUCCACGGAGAGAGGGGUGUAGCGCAGGGCUCUUGUCCUUCUAUCAUCAUCCCCCAUCCCCUCUCUCUCUUUCUCUCUCUCUCUCUCUCUCUCUAUGACCUCCACAUGACUACAUGUCUCUUCUACAGGCUCUACCGUUUACUGACAGUGCCUUGUCUACAGACGUGUCUGUAACCCCCUUCCUCCUCCCACAGUUGUUCCAUCUCACCACCCAAACCCCCUAUCUAUCAACCAUCCCACCAGCCCAACAAAUGUCCUUUGCUUACUUAUUUCUGUUGACUCAAACUAAAUCGAGAAAAGAAACAAACCAUUGUGUACUCUUGUGUGAUAUCAAUGUUUAAGUGAUGCUUUUCUCUGUCGUGUUCCAUCGUGAGGUGGAUGGGACAAGAAAGAUUUCGAGAAUAUUUCUCUUCUCGCUCUCAGAAUUUGCUCCUCUAUCUCUCUCUCUCUCUCUCUCCCUCUCUCUCUCUGCUGGCUCUCAUCUACUUGAAUCAAAGACUUCAGCAAUGUUCUAUUCUUGCUAGCAGCAGUCAUUACUGCAGUGUUGAGCGAUUUUACCACGUGAGGCACUGGCGCAGACAAGCUUACUCAACCCUCUCUCAUACCUUAAUUUUGAAAGUCGAGGAAAGUCAGGGUAUUCGCAAUGGCCCUUUGUCAGUGAGUUGGGGUAAAAAAAGAAACUCACUGACAAAGGGAUUUUCCAUUUUUUUCAUUUGCCACAAAGAUAUUUCCCAUUUCUGUACAGGGAAGUAUUUCUUCAAUAUAGUUUGAGAUGUACUUGUUUGUCCCAUCUGUCCCACCGAUGGUCUCUUGUGCCAAUAGAAGACGUGCAUGCUCAUCUACUUUAGGGAUUCCACCAUUACAGUUGCUGAGCGCCUAUUCAGUCAAUAUUAACAAGCUCCUCUCCAGACUCACUCAUGAAAUGUUUCUAUUUAUUUAGUUUGAAUCUGUGUCCUUUCAAUGGAUUCUUGUUUAUUUUAUUGUUAUUAUUGGUGUGAUUUUGUAAUGCACAGGAUGUUUUUUUACGUUUUUGUUUAUUGGGGAAAAUGAAAAAGCGGUGCGCUAUUGCCUCCAAAGGAAGAAAGAUCCAAUUCCAUUGUUAUGAAUUGACAAAAAAAGCACAAUUUUCUGCCCUGCACUUGCUCGGCAGAUCCUGGUUUAUAUGCGGGAAAUUAACAUAGUUUGAGGUCAACGUUGGCCUCAGAGAAAGUCUGCAAAGGUUUUCAUCCUAAUCGAAUGGCAUAACAAACCGUGUUAAACAUCUGCCAAGUGAGAGAUAGGAGAAGAUGGGAGAGGACAGGAGAUGAGUCAGGAUGCUAGCCUGGCUCACUGACGUGGGCUGCUAUCGCUGAAGUCUUUAGCCAAUCAUUACUGGGCCAGAUGGCCUACAGCCCAAGAAUAAAGAACAGAUUUAUCUCCAAAAAGCAAUCUACAAGAUGGCUAUAAUCCAGGCUUGACGAUGGUGGGAGUAAAAACCCACGUUACUGAUGUCAUAAGGAGGGAGGCGCCGCACAGCAAAGAGCCUUCUGUAAUAUAUUUUUACAUAUACAUGUACAUCAUGGGCAGUGGCUUCUUUCUGACAGACGCCAUGCUAACUAUUCUUAGCAUUUUGCAUAAAAAUGGAUUUAGCCAGCGGCACAAUGAUGUCAUCCUUUUGAACAAGCCGGUUGUUUGGCUGCAUAGAGGUUGUGUUACCUGCUGUGUGAGUCGGGCUGUACUUGUACAUGGUUCAGGCCUUUUUAACUAAGGCUUGGCAGCACAUCUGAGGGCCGCAUUUGCUACAUCGUCUCUUGCUCAUCCUAACACCAAUGCAGUAAUUUUCAGUAAUACUGAAAGUAUGGAUUUUCAGUAUUUCCCUUUUAGCCGAAAUGUCUGUAUUUCAGAAAGCUAAAUCAGUCCUAGUAUGAUAUGUCAUUCUCAAUAUUGUUUUCAUGCUACAUUGAGCUCCAAAACUAUUGGCACAGUGUCACACUAUUUGUUGUUUUGGCUCUCUACACCAGCACUUUUUACCAUGAUUACGGAUAGUCCUGAAUGAAUCGUAAAUAAUGAUAAGUGAGAAAGUUAGACACACAAAUAUCAUAAUCCCCCAGAAUGCUAACCUCCCUUGUUAUUGUCAUGGUGAGAGCUUAGCAUGUUUGUGCGUCUAACUUACUGACUCAUCAUUAUUCACAAUUCAUUCAGGACUACCAUAAUCAUGGUAGCAUCCACAUUCAUGUAGCAGUUUUUUUAGAAACAUUGUAUUCUUAUUUACAAUAAAAGUGACUCCGAAAUGAAAGAAUACAUUAUUUACCAUUCAUUUCUAUUGGGCACAAAAUAAUCUGAAACACAACCAAAACAAACAGCAAAUGCAUCUAACAAGUUUGUAGAGUCACAAGCUUGAUGUAAUCAUUGCAUGCUAUAUGGGACCAAAUAAUACACUUUUGACAAUUUUAAUACACAUAUAAGGGAAUUUGGCCCAAUACUUUUGGUCCCCUAAAAUGGGGGAACAAAAAGUGGUGUAAAAAGUGGUGUAAUUUCUAAAUGGUUCACCUGGUAUGGAUGAAGUCUGCACAUUAACCUCACAUAUAAUUUCAGAUGUGAUGUGCUGGAGUGCAGAGCCCAAACAACAACAAAUGUGUCACUGUCCCAGCUCACUGUAUAUUCUGAAAUCACUGGUAGCUGUAGCUAUUUUGAAAUUAAGUUGUAUGCUAUUCUGAAGUGAUCACUGAACAUUUUGUGCAAUUAUCUCUCUCCGUCGUUCAGCUGCCUGCCUAACUCCUAAUCUUGCCCAAUGAAUGAAAAGUGAAUUUUUUACAUUCUGUUUUCUUAAUUAUGUUGCACUGAUGAUCAUGAUGAUGAUGAUGUUGAUGAUUUUGUAUUGUAUUUCACUUUGCCUCUAUGGGUCCAAACUUUUUGUUAUGUGGUGAGAAAUUGAGGGGCGAAUCCUAACUUCUACUCAUGAGAAAUGUUCACUGAGUGAAAACUUUACUUAGGUGGAAAUUAGCCCCUAACACAAUACUUGAAAUUCUGUUUGAGGCUUCUGAGUCCUUUAGCUGAGGGUGUGUGAUCUGUGACUGUCAGGAUGGCCAUUGGCUGUUUAAAGAGUACAGUAUGAUUGAUAGUCUGCUCGACGUAUACGCCGUCAGUGUUGUGAGUUUUCUUUUCAUUUCCUAUUUUCUUUUGAAGCAAUUUGUUUUCUAUAAGAUCAUUAUUAUUAUUUGUGUGUCUAUUUGGUGUUAUUACACCAUUGAUAAUAACAUCAUGAUUAUGAAUUAUAAGAUAAACCGGUGUUCUUGGAAGGAUACAGUAAUUAUAUCAGUUAUUUUAUAUCUGCUCUUUAAAUUUACUUGAAUAUGAUGUCGACAUAGUAAAAAAAAGAAAUACUUGUUCCUUUGUUGGUUGCAAUAUGCCUGAUUUGAGUAGUGGUAUACUGACUGUUCCUGUGUUUGGAUGAAGACUGUUCCCCCCCAGUUGCACUGACACAAACGCCUUCUGUCCAGGCAUAUAGCGCUGAUGCAAUGAGAUGGUCAGAAAUAACAACAUCAUUAAAUAUUUAAUAGUUUAAUAAAAAUGUAUGAAGGAAAUAUGAUCUCCGCUCAUUCCUGUCUCUAUGUAAUGAUAGUUUAGUGCCUUCUUGAGUGCUGUAGUAAUGUGAUUUGCUGAUGUCCUUGGACAGUUAGCACACGAUUGACUUUAUAAGCAGGGAAAUGUGAAGUGAUUUUCUUCUGCAUGUGUUAUUUCUUAGGUAAAAGCUAAAGACCAAAUAAUGCAACUAUUGUCUUAUGUCAUAUUUAGUUAGCUGUACUCAGUUAUACUCCUCUUUUGUUGUUAUGUUCUUGUGUGCUGUAAUGUGACUUGCAAAUCAAUGUCCAUGCCUUUCAUAAAACCAUAUAUUUUCCUUUCAGGAGGAAGAAAUGCAUUAUUUUAGGAGGAAAUAAACUAAAGCACUUAUAUCUUA